AUGAGUUUUGAGAGGCCAAACCAAAGCACCUGUUUGACUUAUGAAAGCCUUAUUGAGGCUCUCCGAAUCACUCCGACAGGACCGUUCGCAGAGCAAGAUCUCUUGCACACAUUCUUCCAAAAGAUGUUCAAACCAAUUCCUCUGGCCUACAACCUGGUUCUACCUAUGUUACGGUGCUACCCAGAGAAGUUGGAGCUCGAGAAG